AUGUAUUUACCUAUUUAUGUAAAUGCAUAUCACAUCUGUGGCGUGGCAAUUGGAGAUGCCCUGAGAUGCCUCGAUCAGAAGCCGUUAAAGCCAAGCGAUCUGCUCGCCGGAACGACCCUUCGCUCUGGCAACUGGGCCUUGUCCAGUCGAUAUUCGGUUGAAAGCAUUGGACCUGUCAAAGAUUCAACAUGUAUUACCUAUCGAAUCCCGCUGGUGCACCAGGUCCACUUUCAACCUAACAGACCUCCCUUCCCAUCUGGACCCAUUUAUGCUCUUGAACGAACUUCCAACUUUUUUUUCAAUCUUCAAAUCAUGAAUACGAACACUUUGGUCCCAGCUCACCCCCUGUCGGGUCCCCCCACAACUGGAGAACCUGAGGCGGUGUCGGAAUUGACAGGCGACCAGGUUCUCACCCCGACUGCCCCUGAGAUAGAAUUGCCCAGCCUAAUCUUCGCAAUCCCUUUCCCCCGGGCUGUCGAGGGCUACCAGACAACUAAAGAGACUCCACCUUUCCUCCUUUAUACUUUCCCUCGGUCGGUGUACGAAAAGCCACCUAUCGAUUCGGUCACCGGGAAAAGAAAAGAAAAGCUUUUAAAAAAAGUAGAGCGCAAAUGGCAAGAAGAAGUUAAAGAGGGUGAAGAUAUCAAGAGGGGUGAAAUGAAGGACGCGGGUGUAUGGUCGAGAUUUAAAGGUGCACUCAUUCGUGACGCAGCAGCGGCUAUUAAGUACAUGCCUAACAACGCGAUUGAAGCCUUGGCGCGCUUACCACCUAAAACAAAACUUGGCAAGCUUACGGUCGUUUAUCCAGUUUCAUCGCAGUCCUCACAUGGGGUAGAUGUAGAUUAUCAAAGUGAAAAUGAAAUCGAAGAUAGCUUCCUCAAUCUUUUGAACAAGGUUAGGAAGAAGGCGCGAGCACUAACUCUUGUAUCGGGAUGUCUACUGCCAUUCACAUUGGCAGUUGAUGUUUUUGUAGUUGUGCCAUUAUUUUUAUUUGAGAUAAACCUGGCAUAUUUUUCAGUCCAAGUGACAGGUGCACAAAAAGCGGGAGUUCUCUCAGAUCUCGAGAAAAAGAGAACAGCCAAACCUUCCCCAGCCAAUUCUACUCAAGAUGAGAACGCCGCGGAGAUCAUGGAUAAACACUCGGAAGAAGGCGAAACCACUGAUUCUCCUUUCAGUUUUGAAGUCGCCGAACCUGGAACAUUCGAUCGGACAAUCCAACAUCUAUACAACAUCUGCUCCGACAUAGAUCCCCUCAAAUUCCCAUUGAAGGAUAGCUUACCGAUACCCACAUACCUGCCCAGCAAAGACAUAGCUGCGGCACUGGUUCAAAUAUUCAAAGAAUCCCUCCCACAAGAAGUUAUGGCUCGACACGUACUUGAUGAACAAAUGGCAGCAGAAGACUUGGAUCGUGCAUUGAGAAAAGCUGCAAAGGAAUAUGUCAAGACGAUUAAGGGGGUUAAUGAGAGCAACAUAUGUGCCGUGCAAGAAUUUUUUUCAAGAAAACACUAG